AGGGAAUCAAGAAAAUGGCCCCUUUGCCAAAGAAGAGAAUAAAGCACUUCAUUCAUCCUGGCCAUCAAUUAACAGCAAUUGAUGGCCAUGAUCAACCAUAUCUCUGUGAUAGAUGUAAAACUCCUGGAACCGGAAAAAGAUUCCGGUGCAACAGAUGCGAUUUCGACUUGCAUGAAUACUGUGGAACUUGCCCCGGAACCUUCUCUGCAACCAUGCACCAACACCCGCUCACCCUGGUGAGCCUAAAGGCAGAAAGCGCAAGCAAAAUUACUCGUAUCUGUGACCUGUGUUCCGAUCCUGUAGAGGGCCUGUUCUACGAAUGCAAAGAAUGUAAAUUUAACGUUCAUCCGCUCUGCACACAAUUUCCAAAGGAAUUGAACCACGCCCUCCACAAAAUCCACCCUUUGAUACUGCAACCUAACUCACUACCUGGAUUCUGCGCUGUCUGUAAAGAUUUGUGCAGGGGUUGGCGUUACAGGUGCAAGGCUUGUAAUUUUGAUAUACACGUGGAGUGCAUAUUAGUACCUUCUGUGAAGUGCCCGCAAAGUCCUCCACAGAAUGCGCAAAGUUCUCAGCGUGGAAUGCCCACGUUUGAUCAAGGGAUUCCUUUUCAGCCCCCGCCGCAAUUCGGUGGCCAUUAUGCCCACGGAUUUCCCUAUGGCUAUGGCCCUGGUUACAAUGGUCAGAUGCAUGGCUAUCCGGUGUAUCCCAACAAUUUUGUGCAGCAGAAUCAAGUGGGUGGCGGUGGCGGUGGUAAGCGCUUGGGAAAGAUGGUGUUUUCUCUUGUUGGACGGCUUGGAUCUGGAGUGCUAUCUAAUAUGAUAUUUGGAGUGGAUUUAUCAUCUGUUUUUGCUAAUUAACGUUUGGAUUGAAUUCAUCCUGUCUUGUUGUCAUCUAAUCAAGUGAGUGGUGUGGUGCUGAAAAUAAUCUUACGUUCGGAUUUUGUUCAACGUUUGUUGGGUUACCUAAUCCUUAUUUAGGAUCAGAUAAAUUUGUUUUCAAGUUCUGAUUCUUCCCGUCUUGUUCCAUUUACACGCUUUUGCAGUGAGCUUUCCUUGAAUUCUGAUUCACUUUUGAUAUAAUAAAUGUAUAUUUUCAGAGUUGAGAAAAUUUGCUAUUACCGGAAUUAAAGUGUGUUUUCGCGAUCA